UAAGCUCAACGCGGAAGCCACGACCGCCACCUCCCACCUUCGACUCUUCCCUCCUGGACCUGCGAGUCAAACCACGCUGCCUUGUAACCUUCGCAAGAAGAGGAAGAACAAAAGCGUACCAGGCCAGACCAGCAGGCUCCCAGCUUUGCUGAUUCCCCUCCAUUCUCUGUGCUCCAUCUCCGAGCGAGGAACGCAAGAAAAGAGAAGGGGUCCGGCCGGAAAGCUGGUUCUUGGCGUCGGUGAGCUGUGAUUUCUCGGCCGGCGGAGGAGUUUCUUGGCGGGUGGGUGGUGGACUGGUGAUUUGGUGGGAUGAUGAACAGCAACAGCGGCGCCGGGCCGAGCAACGGCGGAUCCGGGGACGGCGACACGCCCCGGAGGACCUCCAGGAAACCCAAGUAUUCCAAGUUUACGCAGCAGGAGCUCCCGGCCUGCAAGCCAAUUCUCACCCCAAAAUGGGUCAUUUCAGUAUUUGUUCUUGUCGGCGCCAUUUUUGUCCCCAUCGGUGUUGCUUCGCUGCUGGCUUCACAAAAGGUUGUUGAGAUUGUUGAUCGAUAUGACGAUGCAUGUGUCCCGCCUAAUGUUACAGACAAGCUUGCCUACAUUCAGAACGCUACGACGCCCAAAACCUGCCAAAGGACUCUGACGGUCACCAAGGAUAUGAAGCAGCCAAUUUUUGUGUAUUACCAACUGAAUAACUUCUACCAGAAUCAUAGGAGAUACGUCAAGAGCCGGAAUGAUGCACAGCUAAGUGAUGCUAGCAAGGCAAAUGAGACUACCCUUUGUGACCCCGAGAAGACCACAAAAGAUGGACUACCUAUCGUUCCUUGUGGCCUUAUUGCAUGGAGCUUAUUCAAUGACACAUAUAGCUUCAAACACAAUAGUAAGAACUUGAGUGUGGACAAGAACGACAUCUCUUGGAAGAGUGACAGGGAGCACAAAUUUGGAAGUGAUGUCUUUCCAAAAAACUUUCAGAAAGGUCCUCUUAUAGGUGGAAAAUCACUCAAUGAAUCGAAGCCGCUGAGUGAGCAAGAGGACCUCAUUGUUUGGAUGCGAACUGCAGCGCUUCCUACAUUCAGAAAACUGUAUGGUAGGAUAUAUGUUGACCUAAAGGAGAAUGAUACUAUUACUGUUACACUGGAGAACAACUACAACACAUAUAGCUUUGGUGGCAAAAAGAAGCUGGUGCUUUCUACUUCAACCUGGCUUGGUGGGAAGAAUGAUUUUCUUGGUCUUGCCUAUCUCACUGUUGGUGGACUCUGCUUCUUCCUGGCAUUUGCAUUCACCUUAUUGUACUUGAUAAAACCAAGAAAAUUGGGAGAUAACAAUUACUUGUCAUGGAACAAACACCCUGCAGGCCAUGCAGGCCACUGAUAUGCUUUGAAAGUUGAUUUCCGCAUUCAACCUCAAACAAUUGGUCUUAUGAUUCAAUGUAUCUUGUACUAAAUAGCAUUUUUAAUUUACAAGCUGUGGUCAAGUACGUGUAUCAAGUAGGCUUGUGUGUACGAGUCACACGAAGAGAUGUACAUUAUAUACUGAAAAAUACAUAGGCCUUUCUUUUGUUGAAAGCUGCACUCUCCAGAAGUGAAAAUGGAUUUAUGGAA